CCCCAAGCAAGCAAGCACUUGACGCUCGGAACGCGGCAUUCGUGGGCUUGGCUAAGGGUUCAGCUAUAGAGCAUCAGUGCAAGCACGACGCAGCUGAAGCUCUCCUUUUGCCGCUUUAACAUUGCUGCGCAUUGAUAUUGCUCCGCUGCGAAUCGCUCGGCUCGCAUCGUUCGCUCGCAUCGACCCAGGCGGAAUUCAACCUUCAGGGCGCCUUCUGAACCAUGGCGUGGACUCGCGUUCGCAGCGUCCGCGUCACCGGUCGAUUUUCACCAAGGCCUACGGCAUGGCGGCGUACGCGGACGACGGCGCGUGGCUCGAGGCGCACGCGGCGCAGUUCGCGGCGAUUCAGCUACCCCGGGAGCUGUGGAACGAGGCGGCGCGCAAGGUGCGGGCGCAGAUCUUCGACGGGGGGGCGUCCCUGACGUACGCGGUCGAGGCGGACGGCGGGUGGUCCGUCGUGGCGGCGCGGGACCUCGAAGGAAUGGACGUGUGGCUGGUGGACCACGUGUGGCUCGUUAAAGACGCAUUCGCGGCGUUCACGCAGCUUGACGCGCACGAGGAGUUGCGGGACCGCCUGGAUGCGUUGGUGCGGCCGCACGGGACCGCGCCGGGGUCGUACGGCGACGCGGGGGCCACGCUCGGCCUGCUGAAGACGCUGGCGCCCCUCGCGCACCCGAUGCGCCUCGUGGCGGACGCGGCGGCGGCGGCGCGGGGCGGCGACGUGACGUACUACGUCCAGGACGAGCUCGGGUCGCGGUUACGGACGGUGGGCGUCGACGACGCCGGGGCCGCGACCGCGGGCCGCGCCGCCGUCUACGACGCGGAGACGAACGCGACGCUAUCGCUGCUGUGGGUCGCGGGCCCCCUCGCGGCGGGGCUGGAGCUGGUCGUGCCGCGGCUCAUGGGGCUCGAGCUCCUCGAGGACGGGCAACGGUACUGGGCGCGGCGCAUGGACGCCGAGGAGGUCUUCGAGUGGUACUGCCCGUUCGCGGCGAUCGCCGGCGUCGUGGCCCGCGUGCUGCCGCGCGGCGGGACCGGGCUCGUCCUGGUCUCGGGCAACGGCACGUCCGACCUCCCCGUCGAGCUCGAACGCGCGCACGCCGGCGCGCGGAUCGUGGCGGCCGACUACGCGGACAACGCGACCGCGCGGAUGCGCAGGCGCCACCCCGACUCCCGGGUGGCGUGGGUCACGGGCGACCUCACGGCGUCCUUCGCGCCGCUCGGCUGCGCGGACGGGAGUGCGGCCCUCGUCCUCGACAAGGGCUGCCUCGACGCCAUGCUCAUCAAGCCCGUGCGGGAGCGGGCGGACGUAACCGAUACGUGGGCGGCCUCGUCCCCCGACGCCUUGGCCUACCUCGCCGCCGCCCGGGCGUGCCUCCGGCCCGCCGGCGUCGUUCUCGUCGUCACCCUCGGCCGCCGCGCGAUGCGCGAGCCCCUCUUCGCGGCCGCGGGCCUCGUCGUCCGCGAGUGGCUCGCCGUCGUCCCCACGGCAUCAAUGACGGCCGGCAAGCACGCCGAUGCCGGCGCCGGCGACCUCCACGUCGCCGUCCUCGGCUCGGCGUGAGGCGCUUCGUCCCCCAAGACCCCUCCCCUGGUUUUGUAGAUCAUAGAGUUUCCCUAGGUGAUACACACUAGCAAGCACCC